UGUGGUAUAAAAAUUAAUAGAACUAUUAAAAGUCUAAAUUGCAAAUAUGAUGUCAAAAUUCCAAGUAUACCUUCACGACAUACCCACUCUUGGCAGACCAGAAAAGUCCUCAUCUGGCAUCAGAGAUCUCAAUCGAACUCGGCCGAAGAAAGUAUUUCAACAACAAAAUGAGGAGCCACUUCAAAAAAAGAAGGCAGACUCGUGUGGCAGACACCACACCUCUCUGGUUACCCCAAGACCAAUCACGAUUCAGAGUUCACAUCUGAGGUCCCAUUACUGCCUAGAGGAGCUGAGGCGACCCCAGUGUGAUAGGGUGCUGAGGAGCGCCUCACAAGCCCAGGUGACAAACAGGGCUCCAGACACCAAGGGGGAGAACUGCGAUGUCGCCUUCCUCAAAAAACUUCUGGCGAUGAACAAGAAGGAGGAGCUGUUGUUGAACAAGAAGUUGGCUAAACUUCUGGCAGAAGAAUUGAAAACACCUGAGGUCAGAACGGGCAAAGGUUGUAAAGGAUGCACGUCGUUAUCUGCUUUGUCAGUUUAUAAUAACCAUGAUAAAAGACUGUUGUUAAUGGACAGUACAGUCCAGGGAUCACCAUCCAGGAACAGAAGAGUCCCAUGUCCACCCCAGUUUGAUGCAAAUGGAAGAGUGAUUUUCAACGACAGUGAUGAAGAAGACACCGAAGAUUUCAAUCACAGAUUGGAGCCCAAGGUUGAAUUCACUUCUGCUGAAUCGAAAACCUGGAUCAACACCACCACAGUUAUAAAAACAAAGUCUGAUGUGUCUGGGAAAAUGUGUUCUAAGAAAAAUUCCCUGUCUGUGAUCAACCAACGCCCUUCCUUGCAAACGAAGAGUUGUGGUAGAAAAUGUGGAGAGGUUGAGGGGGAUAGUUAUCCUCGCAAAUCCUUUUUCACGGCCAGUAAUGCCUACCAAAACUACCAGAGUCAGAAGAGAAAUACAGACCAGAGUGAGGUAUUGGAUAACAUGGCAGCUCAUUGUUGUGUGGCGGUUCCAACGAAACCUAGGAAGAUGACAAAAAAAGUCUGGGAUUUUAACAAUAUUCCAAAAAAUAAGCCCGAAAACUCUUCACAAUGUGGAAGGCACAUAUAUACAGUUGGAUUAAACACAUUUCCCUGUUGUAAAGGUGAUGGCACCUCCAAAAUGAUCAAAGAAGACAGAAAUGGUAAAUUGAAAAACAGCAGAACUCAAAUUUUCUGUCAUGGUGAUGGACAUACUAGACCAACUCGAUGAGUGAAUCGAGGAAGUGUAUUUAUUUAUUAUGUAUGCUGUGAAUAAAACUUCCAUAUAGUAAAACACUUGUGAAAUUUGCAA